AUGCAAAUGUUGCACUUGUUGUUACUUUUCGUUCUGAAUUUUGUGUUCUUCGAAUGUGUUAAUGGAGAACGUAAAUGGGAUUAUUUCGUGUUUAGUCAAGAAUGGCCAGCUACUUAUUGUUCUAUUCAUAAAUGUAAACUUCCUUACAAAAUCGACGAUUUCAAUAUUCAUGGACUAUGGCCAGGUAUAUGGCCAUAUGGUAUUCCGACAAACUGUUCAAACAAAACACCUUUUGAUAUUGAAAGAAUGAAGCCUAUUUAUGAUGAAUUACAAAAACAAUGGGCAAAUUUGAAUGACUUUAACCAUCCCAAAGUUUUUUGGAAACAUGAAUGGAGUAAACAUGGUGUAUGUGCAGCAAGUGAUUAUUCACUUAUAUUAAGCGAAUUGGACUAUUUCAAUGUAUCACUUGGGAUAAAAUCGAAAGUGAAUUUAAUGAGUCGUCUUGAUUCAAUCAAAAUUAAACCAAAUAAUUUGGUUACCUUAAUGCGUGAUGCAGUGCUUGAUCAAUUGAAAAGUUUCUUCGAUGUAAAUGCGUUAAUGGUUUGCUAUUUACAACAAAAUAAACCAGCUAAAUUAUCUGAAAUUCGAUUUUGUUUAAAUCCAUCAUUAGAAUUUAUUGAUUGUCCUAAACUAGAAAACAAAAUUGAUGAUCAACAAUUUCCAAAUAAUUUUUAUUAUAAUAUUUAUAAUAAUAACAAUCCUGUAUGUAAAUCAUUACCAUGGUUAUAUCAAUCACCAAUUUGUUUAAAUCAAUCAUUUAUUACAUCAUUUCAUAAUGGACCAUGUCCUGAAGAAUUAAUAUUUCCAGAUUUUAAUUAA